GAGGGGGCGGAUGUGGGCCAGCCGAGCGAGCUCGAGAGGAUUUGUCAGCUCAGCUGGCUGAGUGUGGUAAUCAGCCGCCGGGUUUGAGCAAGACGACGGUCCGAGUCUAUGGAAGCUGAUCGCCCGCAUGUCGAGGCAAACCCAUCGCACCGGAAUUAAAAGUUCUCGUGACCAUCCUCGCAGGCUGUUCUUGUCGACUCCACGACGCAGGAUGUAAACAAACAACGGCGCACAAUGACGAGAGGAACAAAAGAGACUUGUUUUCUUCGUCUAACCAGUAGCUAACCCGGCUAUCAUUAGCCAAAGUAACUGGGACCGAGAACGUGCUUUUAAGGAUUUGCAUUCAAGUCUAUCUAAAUCUGACCUGGCUUGACUUUUCAAUUGGCCAUGGCAACUGUGGUUGGUUACACACCACCGUGGUGGGUCAAUCUGCUGCACCGACUGCCACAUUUCAACUUCAAUUUUGAGCAAACCAGCAGCGACUUCCAGCCGUGGAAUCCGAAGUAUCAAGAGUCUAUCCUGUUACUGGGAGGUGUGGCGCUGGCCUGUCUGACUUUGGACUUGCUGUUCCUGCUCUUCUACUCCAUUUGGCUGUGCUGCCGGCGUACCAAAAACCGGGACCAACCCCCGGCCGACUGCUGCUGCACCACCUGGUGCGUCGUCAUCGCCACACUCGUGUGCAGCGCGGGCAUUGCCGUAGGUUUCUAUGGCAACGGCGAGACUUGCGACGGAGUGAAUCGUCUGACUUAUUCCCUGCGCCAUGCAAAUCACACAAUCGCUGGAAUGCACACGCUGGUGUUCGACAGCACGUCCUCACUGAACAGGCUAGUAAGUGAAAACCUGAAGAUGCUCGGGGGCCAGUACUCGGAGGACGAGAACGUGUUGUACACCAUCCAAACAAUGCAAGGCCAGAUGGACGAGCUGGUCAGACAGAUGGCGACCAUCCCCUUCGACAGUUUCUCUCUGGAGGCGCUGGCGGUUAAGAUUGAGCUGUUUGACUGGUACAGGUGGGUGGGCUAUCUCUGUCUGCUGCUAUUGGAUGUCCUCAUUUGUCUUCUGGUGCUGUUGGGCCUCAUUCGCAACUCCAAGGAAACGCUCUUUGGGGUGUGCUUAUUGGCGGUUGUGGCUCUGGUGGUCAGCUGGUCCUCACUGGCGCUAGACUUAGCUGUCUCUGUGUCCUCCAGCGACUUGUGCGUGGCUCCAGACGCAUUCAUCACCCAAGUGGCCAGCGAGCAUGGACUCGCCAAUAAAGAAAUCCUCAACUACUACCUUAGUUGCAGUUUGGAGCUACGCAACCCUUUCCAGCAGAAACUGUCCGCCAGCCACAAAGCGCUCGUUGAAAUGCAAAACAACAUGCAGCGCCUUCUGAAAUCGGCCUCCGCGGAAUCUCUGGCAACUUUAACGCAGAUCCGGGAGCAACUGAAGAAUGGAGAGAUUCACCUUCAUCAGCUUACCGCCUUGGUGGACUGCCGCAGCCUACACUUGGACUACGUGCAGGCCGCGACGGGCGUGUGCUACGACGGACUGGAGGGCUUCAUCUACCUGAUGCUCUUCUCCUUUGUGACGGCCCUUAUGUUCACCACCAUCCUUUGCAGCCUGCCUCACGCCUGGUCCAAGAUGCGCAGGGCGGAUGAGGACGGCGACUCAUUGGGCCGGGGCGGCAGGCACAACCAGGACAACCUGUACCGCGUUCAUAUGCCCAGCCUUUACAGCUGCGGCAGCAGCUACGGCAGCGAGACGUCCAUCCCCGCCACCGCACACACCGUUAGCAACGCGCCUUUGACAGAGUACAUGGCUCAGAACGCCAACUUUCCCAACUCCCGUGCGGAAAACACCCCCUUGAUUGUACAAGAGUCUCCCCCCCCCUCGUACACCUCCAGCAUGCGGGCAAAGUACCUCGCUAACAGGCGGCCAGAUCCCAACAUCCCCGCAUCAAUAUAGCCGGAAGCUGAACCAAAUGGCCACUUCGUCUUUAAAGUACCCCCUCACACCCUUUUUUUUUUAAAUUUUUUAAAUUUUAUUAUCUUACUGUUGGAUCACUUAUUCCUCACCUUUUGAUCCAGAUUCUUACCGUCACAUAAGCAGGAACUGGUCAAGACACAAGGAGGAUUUUUCCUUUUCUUUUCUUUUUUUUUUUUCUCUUGCUACCUGAAGUGAAGACCUUUCCAUUUUAGUGUCUUUGCUACUUUUGUCUUAACUCCGGUGUUUGGGACCACGAGUGCAGAUCUUACGAGCUUUACAGCAAAGUAUCUUUUUGUUGUUGUUGGAAGUCAUCCUACAGCACUCGGUAGCUGCCAAGCUGUGAAUUUGGACGAGUCAAUGAGCUGGCAACGAGAAAAAGGGGAGCAAACUGUUAAUACUUGAGACGUCGGCGUACUACUGGAAAAGGUUUCUCGCCGUUUCACUCCGGAAUUUUUGUUUUCAGGCAUCGCCACGUAACACAACUGUGACUUGUCCAGAUCUGCCUGGCAACAGCUUAGGCAGCUGUCAUGAUACAGCCGUUAACAGUUGAUUUGAUGUUUUUUUUUGGUUCUUGGUAGAGUUUCCAACUUUUUAUGCAUUGGCAAUGCAGUAUCUCACAAACAAAUGUGUUUUAGCAUUUCUAACAAAUAGAGGAAGGCGACCAGUUUACGCCCAUUUUGCGUCUUAUUUCGUUUGUAGGAGAAUUUACAGGCAGUGCCAAUUGAAAGUUUUAAAUGUCUUCAGUGAGCUGUUUUUUGUUCUGUUGCCCCCCCCCCCCCCCCCCAUCAUGUUUUAUGCUUUGUUUUUGUUCUGCCGUCAUGUUCUCUCUUGAUGUGUCAUUGCUGGAUGAUGAACAUUUAUUGUAAAAGACAAAACGUACCUGACUUUUACAUAUUUUGUUUUGAUCUACUUUUGAUUUUUAGAUUCUGAGGCCAGCACUUAGUGUUGCUUAAUUCAUGUCGAUAUGGUAGCUAUUUUCAUUUUUAAUCAGGAAUGUUCGCUGAAAUUGUUUUAUACAAAGUCUUAAACGUGUACCUGGAAGAAAAGGAACAAAACUGCUUAUAUUGAGUUUGACUGCCGUGUUAAAAAAAUAAAUGAAUCAAACCAAA